AUGGAAAACAAUAAUGAUAUUCCAACAAUGCUAAAAUCAAAUUUGUAAACCAAUAGACGAUCUCUUAAGAUUUCAGUGGUACAUCCAACAGAUGAAUCCCUAACUAAUGUUUAAGAUGAAGAGAGAUUUUUGUACGAGAAACGUUAAUGGGAAAUAAUUCCCUAAUCUGUUUCUUUGGAAAAUAUUCAAAAAGAGCAAAUGGAAAGAUACAAAGGUGAAUGGAACUGGGGUGUAUUUGUAGAGUUUUUUUUAUACCAUUAGGUAUGAUUUACUUUUUGGAUUUUAGAUUUUCUUCACAAUUUUGGGACCAUUUAUGGUAAUAUUAUUUAGUGUAUGGCCUGGUAUGACACUAAUGAGAAACAUGAAAUUUUAUGGAAAUUCAAUGGCUUUUUAUAUGUAAACUUUGUUAUGGUUUGGAUCUGUAAUAGGAGGUUUAGGAUAUUUUUUAUGGGAUGAAAGUUUAAUAACAUUGACUGAAAUUUUAUUUUUAUGGUAUGCAUUAACAAUUCGAAGUGUUGUAAUAGCAGCAAAAUAUGCUACUUUUAGUAGGAGCGUAAUAAUGUUAUACAAAAGUACAUUGUUACCAGAAGAUGUUUUUUCAUUUGAUCUUAUGAUGGGAGAAUGGAGAGAAUAAUCUCCUAAGAUUCUGUUUUUAGAACCUUAUCGUUCUCUCUUACGUUAUUAAUUUGAAAUCUCUCUAUUUAAGAUGGAUUUUAUAGUGUAGCCACAUUAAGAAACAAAAGUUGCCAUAGCUAAAGUUGAUAUCAAUUUUUAUAAAGACACAGGAAUUUCUUUAGAUAAUGAUGAGUAUUCAGGUUUUAAAUUAUUUGGCUACUUAGUAAGUCAUUAUCAAAUUAAAAAUUCACCAAAUACUCAUCUAUUAAUAUGUGUAUUAGAAGCUUUUAUACUUUCGACAACCCCAAUUUGGUUGAGAAUUGGACAAUUAUUAAAUUCUGUUCAAGCCUUGGAUAUGUUUCGAAUGGGUAUUGAUUUUAAUAUAAAUUAAGUGUUGA